UCCGGAUGAUGUUUCUGUGAACAUAAACAUACAUCACAGAAGACGAUGCCGCUCCGCCAGCUCUGCGGCGUUGCUCCUCCUCACCAUCACCCCGUGACGACCACGUCUGCUCAAUAUCUCCGAACUCCGCUCCAAUUUCAAAACCCCAACAAAUCAACCAAACCCAGAUCCGCCCUACCGGCAGCAUCAGCAAUCCCUAGAAUCGGCUCCUCCUCCUCUACCGCUGCGCAAUCACGAUGGGCGGCCAAGCAGCACCUCCUCGGGCUCAUCUCCGACCAAGACCGAGGUUUGAAGACCCAGCGCGACCCCGCUAAGCUCAAUUCCAUCGUCGAGGCCAUCAAUUGCAUAGCGGAGUUAGGGAGGGAUACCGUCACGACGGGGGAUUCCCUUUCGGCUGCGUGGCGGCUGCUGUGGACGACGGAGAAAGAGCAGCUGUUCAUCAUCGAGAAGGCCCCGCUGUUGGGGACCAAAGCAGGGGAUGUUCUGCAGGUGAUCGAUGUGGAGAAAGGGAGCCUCAAUAAUGUCAUUACUUUCCCGCCCGACGGCGUUUUCUUCGUCCGCUCCACCAUCGAAAUAGCUUCCACUCAAAGGGUCAAUUUCAGAUUUACGAGUGCGGUGUUGCGAGGGAAGAAUUGGGAGAUUCCAUUGCCGCCAUUCGGGCAGGGUUGGUUCGAGACGGUGUACCUGGACGAGGAGAUACGAGUGGCGAAAGAUAUUAGGGGCGACUAUUUAGUUGUUGAUCGAGCUCCCUAUACUUGGAAAGAAUGACAAUUUGACAACUUCAAGGUAUAUUUAUGUGUACCAAGUCGUUUAUGCGUCACCCUGUAUAUGAGUUCUUUUUGUAUCGUUUGUUAACGUGAAGCUCACACUUGUAACGCGUAAGUUGCAACCUUGGAUACCCUAAGAUAUGAUCAUCACUUUCGAAACCCACGUUCAUUCUCUCCGUAUGACUGAAAUUGGGUUAGGCUUUUUAGGGUUCUGAAUAAGAUAGACUGAAAAUGAAAGAGAAUGAAAAUGAAGAAGACCGAUAAGUAGUGAUGUUCUUUCGCCCUCCGUUAAUCCCUUGUAAUUCACUCUCUACGUAUUCACCAACUGGGCCGAGAGAAAUGAAUCACUGAGGCAUGUGAAGGUGAUUUUGAGAAAAUAGAAUUGGGCUACCGAAAUAACAAAUAUUGCUCAGGCCCACUCUUUUGAAUUCCUGCGAAUUGUGUAGAGGGGAAGAAAAAUUGGGUUAAUUGCAUUGUUGGUCACUGAGAUUUAGGGUUGUUAAGGGUUGUUAAUGAGCCGAGCUGAACUUUGUUAUAGCUCGGCCUCUUCUUGUUAAUAUAUUUCUAGGCUCAAGUUCGGCUCGAGUUCGUCACGAGCUUUAAUAUGCAAUAUCGAGCUCAACUCGUUUACGAAAAUGAAAGCUCGAGCUUGACUCGAGUUCGGCUCGCCAAAUAAGAUUAACGAGCCCAAAAUCGAGUUCAACACAUAAAUGUUCAUUAUAGUUCAAGAUUGAGCUAGAACUAAGCGCAAAAUUACAUUCAAACCUACAUCAAAGUCUAGCAAAAUAAAACACAAUAUUUAUCUCAAUUUCAAUACAUAAAACCCAUGAAUUCCAGUCCUUUCUAAUGCCAAACUGUUAAAUGAGCUUGUUCGCGAGCUCUCGAGUUGAACAUGGUAUGGCUCAAGUUCGGCUCGUUUAGUUAACGAGCUUGUUCGCGAGCCGACUCGAUUAAGACGAAUCGAGUCUCGAACGAGUUUUUCUCGAGUCGGACGCCGAAUCAUUCAUGAGCGGCUUGGUUCAUUAACAGCCCUACUGAGAUUACAAAAAAUGUUCAUGUUUGGUCACUCGAAAUAUUUAAAUUCAUUUGUGGUACUUCAGUUUACUGAAACCGUUCACUUUUGGUCACUCUCCGUUAGUCGUCGUCCAUCUCCGUUAACAAAGUCAGUUAAGUGAUGACGUGACAGACAGAAGCGUCUAAUCAGCCCUAUUUAACCCAAAAAUAAUGCGAACCGACCCGACUCUUAAACUAAACUACCCACACAAAAAUUCGGCGGAGCAAUCCGCUAGGGGAUCGUUUGGAUUAAGAAUUUAGUUAAGUAGAGAUUUGGCCCACAAUCACUCAAUUAAAAUACCUAGUAUUUUAAACCCAGGUUUUGUGUUAAAUAUGUUGUUUGUUUAUGAAUGGGGAUUUAAUAGUUAGGGAAUUUAAUUCUGAAAGCAAUUGUGAAAAUUACAUUCAUACCCUUCACUAUAUGAGCUGCCACAAAAUGGGUGUUCUUUUAUUAUCCACGUUUUGAAGGGCAAUUAACAAGAACACACAUAAUCCUGCAUAAGACUUGAUCCUAUCAUUACAAACGCCGCUGCAGGAGCAACUGCGUUUGAGGAUCGUUGUAAUGCGCCACUGGUUUCCCCUCCAAAUCCACUACGAAAACCCCAUUGUUCUUCUCCGAGUGCAGUGGCCUCAGGUGCUUUGUGAGGAUUGACAUAGUCUUCUGGAGAAUGGGUUGUUUGAAUGUAUAGUCCAGCAGGGCAUUUGCUCCCUGUCAUCAUCAAACAGUUGCAGUUCGUCACUGAAACCCAAAAAACAACCAAGAACAUAGAGAAACUAGAGAAUCAAAAACAGAGUGUUAGAGUUGCAGAAGGUUUUGGUUGGCAAGCAAGUGAGAAACUAGGGAAUCAACCAAGAACAUCUGAUUGGGUAUUACUGAUCCUGGAAUUGAUGGAAAUGGUGUACAAUAUAUAUCCACAAUGCUAAACAAAACAAAACUGUUUCUGACAAAAAGAGAAAGGCACAAGAGAAAUCAAAGCUCAACUUAUCUCUAAUAACCCACCCACUCUUUCCUGGUUUUUACUUUCACCAUUAACCAACACAACACAGAUAGCGUCGAGCAAAGCUCAGAUUUUGCUUUCCCACUCUACUGGUCGAAUCUGUGUGUUAAACUUGGAUUUCAGGGAGACCAGAUUGAAGAACUUCUAUAAAUACAUAAGCAAUCAACACAUUGAGCUCGAAAGGAAGUACCCAUAUGCGGCAACGUUACCCACUAAUCUCGAACUUCUAUAGAUUAUCCUGCUCAAGACCAUUUACUACCAUGACAGGAGCUCGAAAGGAAGGCCUUUCUAACUAAAAAAGUACGCAUUUGAAGGUGCUCGUGAAUUUGAAGGGAUCCGACGGAAAAAAAGAGAACAAGAUCUUGAACAACGAUACCCACUAAUUAAUCAUCAUCAAGGACGAACCAUAACCCCUAACCCCUCGAAUCGAGACAACCCAAUCAGUCACCAUAGGAACCUUAGAAAUCGCAACCAAAUUCUAGAAUGAGGAGAAGGAAACGAACCUGAAAUCUUGUCGCAGCAGGCGUCCCUAUAGAAUAAGCGUGCUCACCCUCACUUUCGUCGCCGCCAAGAACCGUCGGGCAUCCUCCGCUGGCCGUAGAUUCGUCGACAAUUCCUUUCUUCUACCUCGACGGUAGGUUAGGGGGAGAGUUGUUCGUGAAUGAUGGGAAUAAUGAGAGGUGUCUGCG